GCGGAUCGCAUGGAGUGAUGGUCCCGCUGCAGCGCCAUGCAGGCCUCUUUCCUGUUCCUGGGCCGAGGUUGCUCCCGCCUCAAGGCGUUCACGUGGGCUGUCCCUCUGCUGGAACUCACUGGCCCCUCAGCUGCAGGAUUGACUUCUAAAGACUCUUCGUACAUGAGGAAGAAACCCGGAAGAGGAAAAGGAAAGUAAAGGAGUCAGGGAUGGCUCUUCCUCAGAUUCUAUCUCUUGUGACCGAGUGACAUGAACUUGGGAAGAGGCUGCACUGGGCAUGGUCCUGGGAAGGGCUCACACCCAGACAUGGAUGGAGACGAGGGUCUAUUGACAUUCAGGGAUGUGGCCAUAGAAUUCUCUCAGGAGGAGUGGAAAUGCCUGGACCCUGCUCAGAGGACUCUAUACAGGGACGUGAUGCUGGAGAAUUAUAGGAACCUGGUCUCCCUGGAUAUCUCUUCCAAAUGCAUGAUGAAGGAGGUCUCAUCAACAGCACAAGGCAAUACAGAGGUGAUCCACACAGGGACAUUGCAAAGACAUGAACGUCAUCACAUUGGAGAUUUUUGCUUCCAGGAAAUGGAGAAAGAUAUUCAUGAUUUUGAGUUUCAGUGGAAAGAAGAUGAAAGAAAUAGCCAUGAAGCACCCAUGACAGAAAUCAAAGAGUUGACGGGUAGUACAAACCGACAUGAUCAAAGGCAUGCUGAAAACAAGCCUAUUAAAGAUCAGCUUGGAUUAAGCUUUCAUUCACAUCUGCCUGAACUGCACAUAUUUCAGACCGAAGGGAAGAUUGAUAAUCAAGUUGGGAAGUCUAUCAACAAUGCUUCCUCGGUUUCAACAUCCCAAAGAAUUUCUUGUAGGCCUAAAACCCACACUUCUAAUAACUAUGGGAAUAAUUCCCUGAAUUCUUCAUUACUCACACAAAAACAGGAAGUACACAUGAGAGAAAAAUCUUUCCAAUGUAGUGAGAGUGGCAAAGCCUUUAAUUAUAGCUCAGUCUUAAGGAAACAUCAGAUAAUCCAUUUAGGAGAUAAACAAUAUAAAUGUGAUGUGUGUGGCAAGGUCUUUAAUCAAAAGCGAUACCUUGCAUGUCAUCGUAGAUGUCACACUGGUGAGAAACCUUACAAGUGUAAUGAUUGUGGCAAGACAUUCAGUCAGGAGUUAACCCUUACAUGCCAUCAUAGACUUCAUACUGGAGAGAAACAUUACAAGUGCAGUGAGUGUGGCAAGACCUUCAAUCGAAAUUCAGCCCUUGUAAUUCAUAAGGCAAUUCAUACUGGAGAGAAAUCUUACAAGUGUAAUGAAUGUGGCAAGACCUUCAGUCAAACGUCAUACCUUGUAUACCAUCGUAGACUUCAUACUGGAGAGAAACCUUACAAAUGUGAAGAAUGUGACAAAGCUUUCAGUUUCAAAUCAAACCUUGAAAGACAUAGGAAAAUUCAUACUGGAGAGAAACCUUACAAGUGUAAUGAAUGCAGCAGGACCUUUAGUCGGAAGUCAUCCCUUACACGCCAUCGUAGACUUCAUACUGGAGAGAAACCUUAUAAGUGUAAUGAUUGUGGUAAGACCUUCAGUCAGAUGUCAUCCCUUGUAUACCAUCGUAGACUUCAUACUGGAGAGAAACCUUAUAAAUGUGAAGAAUGUGAUGAAGCUUUCAGUUUCAAAUCAAACCUUGAAAGACAUCGGAGAAUUCAUACUGGAGAGAAACCUUACAAGUGUAAUGAUUGUGGAAAGACCUUCAGUCAGACAUCAUCCCUUGUAUACCAUCGUAGACUUCAUACUGGAGAGAAACCUUACAAAUGUGAAGAAUGUGAUGAAGCUUUCAGUUUCAAAUCAAACCUUGAAAGACAUAGGAUAAUUCAUACUGGAGAGAAACUUUACAAGUGUAAUGAAUGUGGCAAGACCUUUAGUCGGAAGUCAUCCCUUACACGCCAUCGUAGACUUCAUACUGGAGAGAAACCUUACCAGUGUAAUGAGUGUGGCAAAGCCUUUCGUGGGCAGUCAGCACUUAUUUACCAUCAAGCAAUCCAUGGUAUAGGGAAACUUUACAAAUGUAAUGAUUGUCACCAAGUGUUUAGUAAUGCUACAACCAUUGCAAAUCAUUGGAGACUCCAUAAUGAAGAGAGAUUGUACAAGUGUAAUAGAUGUGGCAAAUUUUUCAGACAUCGCUCAUACCUUGCAGUUCAUUGGCGAACUCAUAGUGGAGAGAAACCUUACAAAUGUGAAGAAUGUGAUGAAGCUUUCAGUUUCAAAUCAAACCUUCAAAGACAUAGGAGAAUUCAUACUGGAGAGAAACCUUACAGGUGUAAUGAAUGUGGCAAGACCUUUAGUCGGAAGUCAUACCUUACAUGCCAUCGUAGACUUCAUACUGGAGAGAAACCUUACAAGUGUAAUGAGUGUGGCAAGACCUUCGGUCGAAAUUCAGCCCUUGUAAUUCAUAAGGCAAUUCAUACUGGAGAGAAACCUUACAAGUGUAAUGAAUGUGGCAAGACCUUCAGUCAGAAGUCAUCCCUUACAUGCCAUCGUAGACUUCAUACUGGAGAGAAACCUUACAAAUGUGAAGAAUGUGACAAAGUUUUCAGUCGCAAAUCAAGCCUUGAAAAACACAGGAGAAUUCAUACUGGAGAGAAACCAUACAAAUGUAAGGUUUGUGACAAAGCUUUUGGGCGUGAUUCACACCUGGCACAACAUACUAGAAUUCACACUGGAGAGAAACCUUACAAGUGUAAUGAAUGUGGCAAGAACUUCCGUCACAAUUCAGCCCUUGUAAUUCAUAAGGCAAUUCAUAGUGGAGAGAAACCUUACAAGUGUAAUGAGUGUGGCAAGACCUUCCGUCACAAUUCAGCCCUUGAAAUUCAUAAGGCAAUUCACACUGGAGAAAAACCUUACAAGUGUAGUGAAUGUGGCAAGGUUUUUAAUCGAAAAGCAAACCUUUCACGUCAUCAUAGACUUCAUACUGGAGAGAAACCUUACAAGUGUAAUAAAUGUGGCAAGGUUUUUAAUCAACAAGCACACCUUGCAUGUCAUCAUAGAAUUCAUACUGGAGAGAAACCUUACAAGUGUAAUGAGUGUGGCAAAACCUUCCGUCACAAUUCAGUCCUUGUAAUUCAUAAGACAAUUCAUACUGGAGAGAAACCUUACAAGUGUAAUGAAUGUGGCAAGGUUUUUAAUCGAAAAGCAAAACUCGUACGUCAUCAUAGAAUUCAUACCGGAGAGAAACAUUAGAAAUGUGAAGAAUGUGACAAAGUUUACAGUUGUAAAUCAAGUCUUGAAAGACAGGAGAAUUCAUAAUGGAGAGAAAGCUUACAAAUGUAAGAGUUUGUGACAAGAAUCUCAGGAGUGAUUCACACCUGGCCCAACAAACUAGAAGUCACACUGGAGAGAAACCUUACAAGUAUACUGAGUGUGGCAGAGCCUUUAGUGGGCAGUCAACACUUAUUCACCAUCAGGCAAUCCAUGGUGUAGGGAAACUUUACAAAUGUAAUGAUUCUCACAGUCUUCAGUAACGCUACAACCAUUGCAAAUCAUUAGAGAAUCCAUAAUGAAGAGAGAUUUUAAAAGUGUAAUAAAUGUGGCAAAUUUUUCAGACAUUGUUCAUACUUUGCAGUUCAUCGGCGAACUCAUGCUGGAGAGAAACCUUACAAAUAUCAUGAUUGUGGCAGGGUCUUCAGUCAAGCUUCAUCUUAUGCAAAACAGGAAAAUUCAUACAGGAGACAAACUUCACAAGUAUGAUGAUUGCAGCAAAGCCUUUACUUCACGUUCACACCUAAUUAGACAUCAGAGAAUCCAUACUGGACAGAAAUCUUACAAAUGUCAUCAGUGUGGCAAGGUCUUCAGUCCGAGAUCACCCCUUGAGGAACAUCAGAAAAUUCAUUUUUGAGAUGAUUGUUCCAAAUGCAAUGAGUAUAGCAAACCAUCAUGAAUUAAUUGGCAUUAGAGUCAGUUCAGCAUUGACUUGAGUUUGAAUUGACUUAGCAUUGAGUUCAAGCAUUAAUUGACAUUAAACUGUUUAUGUUAAGAAGAUUGGAUCAGCAGGGUGGCUCACGCCUGUAAUCCCAGCACUCUGGGAGGCCAAGACCAGUAGAUCACUUGAGGUCAGGAGUUUGAGACCAGACUGGCCAACAGACAUGAGUCACUUUUCCCAGCCUGUAUUUUGUUUCUUUAAUAAAAACUGUUAGGAGUUUUUAUGGGUAUGUGUUGAAUCUAAAUCACGUUUGUAUAAUCAUUUAACAAUAUUAAGACUUCCAAUCCAUCAAUAUGGGUUGUAUGUCUUUAGUUUUUUUGAUCAAUGUAGAUUUCAAGGUACAAGCUUCUCACCUCCUUAAUUCAGUUUAUUUGUAAGUAUUGUUUCAUAGCAAAUUGAAGUGUGUUCAUAAGUUUCUUUAAACAUUAUUUAUUGUUAAUGUAAGGAAAUUCAACUAAUUUUGGGUGCUGAUUUUGUAUUCUGCAAAUACACUGAGUGGGUUUAUUAGUAUCAGUAAAAUCUUGGUUGAUUCUUUGUGA